AUGGCAGCCUGGGUAGGAAACAGAAGGAAGUGUGGAGACCAGCACCAGCCCAAGAAAUCUAAGGUGAACCUGUCAGUCAGCAGAUCAGGAAAAAAGCUCCCAAAGGUCCGAGUCUCCAAACUCUUUCUGAAGCUGACAAAGCAACACAAAGUCAGCUCCCCGGAUAAAGACCUGAUCCUGGAGAUCCCCGCUCUUCCUGUGAGGACAGGAAGUGAUGUCACUCUGCGGUGCAAAACCGGAAACGGUUCAGUGCAAAAAUCUUAUUUCUUCAGAGAUGGUGUUAGACUUAGAUCUGAACCUGAAGAAGAGUUGAUUCUCUUUAAUGCUCAAAAGUCUGAUGAAGGUCUCUACUCAUGUUCUACUGCUAUUGACCAGUCUCCUCGGAGCAGACUGAGGACCAGAGAUUCUCCUCUUACCACCACAACAUGCUCUCCUCCUCCUUCAACCUUUGGUAAUACUGGUCCUCCAUCCUCCUCCCCUCAUCCUUCGCUUCCCACCAACUCUUCCUCCUCUCCUCCACGUGUGUCUGCACUCAGACUCUUCUGCCACCUGUUGGUCUUCUGUCCAUACUGCAUCUCUACUAUUCUGCUACUGAUGAUCUGCCGGAGCAGGAACCCAGGAUGCAGCAGUCUGUCACUGAAGGAGCUCUCCAGCUCAGCAACAGUUUGGUGAGUCUAAAAGGCAACACCGAAUACUGAAAGUGGCCAAGAUGGAUGUUAAAGGCUG